AUGGAUUGGUUACUGAACUUGCUGAAAAGUUAUGCUUCUAACGCGGUCCUGGAUGAGGAUGUGGAUGACGUGACCUUUGACACCAACAACCUCAGGUACAAAGUUCAAAAGGUUGACCCGAGCGUGUUUAGAGAAUUCGAGAGUACCACCUACACCGCUCACUUUGGCAAUGGCACUGAUGAGUCGAACGGUGUGUCUAUAUAUCUUCCGCAUUCGAUUAUCCCACCCGAUUCUUUCGCUGCCUCUCACGGACUGCGUAUGAGGUUCACGGCUCUGAAGAACAGCAAAAUUUUCAUCAACAACGAUACCGAACAGUACUCGGUAAUCGAUGCGGACAGUCAGUUUAUCAUAUCUGCUGAACUAACGAAGUAUCGGGUCAGUGAUCUCAACGUGCCCAUCGAAUACAGCGUGCCUACGCCGAAGGAUGGGAGGAAUUACACCUGUGUUUACUGGAAUACUGCUGAGAAACGCUGGUCGCGUCAUGGACUAAAGGAUGUUUCAUCUGAUGUUAAUAUCUCUUAUUGCUCAUCUAAUCAUCUUACCUACUUCGCGGUCAUUCUGGACACUGGUUAUUCUGAACCGAUCCCUGAGGAACAUCAUCUCCCUCUUCAGAUCAUCUCCCAUCUUGGAACUGCUUGUUCUGUCUUUGGUCUAGUCGCUACUAUCAUCACAUACUCUAUCUUCAAAAUCUUACGACGCACCUCGUCUGGAAAGAUACUCAUACAUCUCAGUACCUCCCUCCUCGCUCUUAACAUCACUUUCGUUAUUGAUACCGUCUCCAUGGUGACAGACUCCAGGGUGGGAUGCAAGGUCCUGGCCAUGUUGCUCCAGUAUUUCGUGCUAACGACCUUCCUCUGGAUGGCCAUGGAGGCAGUCAACAUGUACCGGACGUUGGUGCAGGUUUUCCAGAAGAAAAGCGCCACGCAUUUUGUCUUGAAGGGAGCGGUGAUAGCCUGGGGAUUACCCAUUGUUCCUAUAAUCAUCACCGCCACAUUGGAUAUCGAUCUUUAUCGGAAGCUCCCUCUCAACGAAAUAUGCAUGAUUUCCACAUCUAAUUCCUACCUGUACUACGGAGGAUACCUCGGUCCGUGCUGCGUGCUUCUCUUGGCAAACUUCAUCGUGUUUUCCAUGAUCCUCCGAACAGUAUGCGCGUCAAAGAAGGAUCUUCAUCAACGCAGCAAGCGCGUUCGUCGAACCCAGAUCGGCUGUGCCUUGAGCGUUACAUUCCUCCUGGGUAUCACCUGGGUUCUGGGAUUCUUCGCCAUCCAGAAUACAACCCUUGUCUUCACCUACCUGGUGUGUAUCAUCAAUCCGCUUCAGGGUUUUUUUAUAUUCCUGUUCCGGUGCGCCCUCUACCCCGAAGCCUUACGGUCUUGGACCAUCUUCUGCACAAAGCACACGACCAAUGUGGAGAAGCAACAGCGCAGUUCCUCGCAGGCAGUUGGCCGCAGGAACACCAUCAGCUCGGGGGACAAGGUGGGGAACGGCAAGAAGUACGGCAAUGACUCCGAGAAGCUUAUUAACGACAAGGGUAGAUCUACGUCUAGUUCGAAGAAGAAUUCACAGUCGGAGAGUGUCGUGACGAAGGGUACGGACAUGACGUCGGUUCAUUUCUUUGGCGGGUUGAAGCAUGAGAAUUUUGACAAUGUCAACUCAAACAACAGCAACCGAAGGAAGAUCACAGACAUACGAUUCAUCAAUAUCAAGGUUAAGGAUAGUACUAGCUAGAGCAGAGUUUGCUGUCUUGAUGUUCCGCCAACCUAUCAUUAAAACGGACUUGCUUUGAUUUGAAAUCGCCUUUCUUCUGUGUUUUAACUGUAUUUCUGUCCUUAAGAGAGUUGUUCAAAAGAAGGCAUAUGUUUUGGUAUCUUUGAAUUAUGUGUUCUGAAAAAGAAAUCAAUCUCUAUAAACGUAUCCCAGUUCGUUCAUUUCUACUACUCGCCUUUUUAAGAAAAUCAUUUCAAAUGUCAAAACUCAAGUUAAAACUCGGGGUAUUUGUAUCUACCUUUACUUAGGAAUCUACAACCAUUAAACUAUACUGAAUUUUAUUACUUUAGUUUGUUUAUAAUAGAGAAUUUGAUCCUUUUACACAGACAUUCGAAGAAGAUCAAACUAAGAUCGAGUCACUUAUUCCUUGCUAUUGUAAAUAUAGAUUUAUAUAUAUUACUGUUUGGUGAUGACAUGUAAAUAAUAUAAUGUUACUACUGUGUAAAUAUCACCGUACUAACGGCUUAUUAUAAACUCUUCGGUCACAGUCUGGUUGUGUUCUGACCAUCGUGGUCACGUCGAAGAAAUUAUCGACUAAUAAAUUCCAUGGUAUCUUUUAAUUUACCUUUUCAUUAGUUGAAAUUUCAAUCCGACACGGGUAUAGGUAAAGGGAAAUAUGGUACACUCUAAAUUCCAAUGAUUUAAAAUAAAUCCAGAUCGGUUGUGAAAUCGAAUUUUGAAUUUAUUUUAAUCUUGAGGAUUAACUUUUAAAUCUCAAAAGAUUUAAAUUCAAAUCUUGUAGAUUUACAUUUGAAUAAAAAAAGGUUUGAAUCUAAAUCUAAUAUUCGGCUGGUCACUACUCACAGCCGAUCUGGAUUUAUUUUAAAUCCUGGGAAUCUAGAGUGUAGCCUUUUGGCGCAGGAAGGGAAAAUGGAUUUUGGUAGUGAACUGCGUCCGAAGGCCCCUUGUGCAUGGAUCAAUCUUUGUCUGUGUUGAAUUAAAAUUUCAACUGAACGAAUUAACAAAACAAAAUAGGGAAUGGGGCUUGCACCCUAAGCCCCCCCCCCCUCUUUUCUUCCUAGCUCCGCCUCCGUCCGUGUGGAAUUGAAAUAUUAGGUAGUUUUCGCACAACGACGUAUCAAGAGGAAUCAAGAGCAGAGAAAAUGUAUUGUCAAAUGCCCUUCAAGAUAGAGAAAAAACAGAAGUUAUUGACGAAAAUUGGUGAAUCAAAACAGCAGUUUUAUAGUCCUUGACUCUGGACAAACGACAUAACUUGAAAUUUGUAGUCAGCUCCGUUUUAGAACGAAACUGCUGCCCUGGUUCACAAGUUUUCUACAAAGACGUACCUCACAACUGUUGAUUUUGACGGGUAUGUUCAAUACACUUGCUUUGUUCUCGAGUAGAAGAGUAUCUUAGUCGAACAAAUUUCCCAAAAUGUCACCAGAACGUGAUCGGACUUUUUAUGAUAAGCCUUCUGAUCACUGUAAAUUGUCUCGAAGCCACCUAAGAUUCACAUGCCUUGCCACACUGUACAGCUUUUUAUAUAAUCUUGAUGCAAUUCCUAAACUAUAUAUUUUUAUUUUGGCUAUAAAUGUUGUAGGCGAUGACGAAAUGUGUUGGUUGUCGUUUUUGUUGUUUCCUUUAAAAAGCACUUGCACUAUAUGUAAACACAGGUAUUAAUGAAAAGAAUAUAUGACACUUUGCUCCUUACUUUACGAAAUUGUGGUUUGGUUUGUUCUUUAUCAAAGCUUUUAUAUGAUAUGUAGCAGUUCGUCCAGAUAUUCGUAUAAAUUCAUGAUUUCAAAACAUCGAGCUCUGUCAAAAUGCAAUUAGUGAAAAUGGUGUAUGCUUUAGACUGGUAUGAUUAUUGUAUAUGUAUACUUUGUAAUGACUUUAAAUAAAAGUGACCAUCGUCGUAUAUUGUAUAUUGUGGAAAAAGGGAAAUAUUUCUAUUCUAUAUUAAUGACUCAAAUUAUAUUAAAGCAAAUUUUA